AUGGCUGUUCCGUUCCCGAUCCUCUCCAAAAUGGCUUCAUUACUAUCUAUCCUUAUUGCCGCAACGGCACCAAUGGCCUCCGCCUCCGUCCAGGACCCCAAAAUAUCGUCUCGACCACCCAUGGGCUUCAACAACUGGGCACGCUUCAUGUGCAAUCUGAAUGAGACACUGUUCACGCAAACUGCCGAUUCAAUGUUAGAGAAGGGUCUCCUCGCCGCUGGCUACAACAACAUCAAUCUUGACGACUGCUGGCAUGUCCAAACUGGGCGUAACGCCAAAGGGGAACUCGAAUGGAACUCCACCCUUUUCCCCCACGGCAUGCCCUGGCUGGGUGACUAUCUCCACGACCGAGGCUUCAACUUUGGUAUCUACACGAACGCUGGUAAUCAGACGUGCGGUUUGUACCCAGGCUCGCAAGACCACGAGGAGAUUGAUGCAAAGACGUUUGAGCGUUGGGGUAUAGACUACGUCAAAAUAGAUGGAUGUCACAUGGAUCUGCAGCACAACCGCACAUACUACGAGGAAUUCGAGUAUCGGUACAAGCUUUGGCACGAAGUGCUCACCACGAAGCUCCAGGAACCGCUCACCUUCAGUCAAUCCGCGCCUGCGUACUUCAGCCCGAACUUUCACCUCGAUCAAAACAACACUGAUUGGUACCGCACAAUGAAGUAUAUCCGCACAACUGGGGAGCUCGCUCGUCAUUCCGACGACAUCAAAGUCUACGGCAACAACCCCACCAAUACCUUCGAGCCCGGCGGUCACUGGGAGUCCAUGAUGAACAACUACAUUAUGGAAGUGCGACUCUCGCGCUACCAAUCCUGCGGCUUCUUUAACGACCCUGACUUCCUUAUCGUCGACUGGCCGGACCUCAGCCUCGACGAGAAGAAGACGCAUUUUGCGCUUUGGAGCUCGUUUUCUGCGCCGCUUAUCCUUUCUGCAUGGAUUCCGGACCUUACAAAGGAGGAAGUGGCGUAUCUGACCAAUAAGGAUAUCAUCGACGUGGAUCAGGAUGCGCUGUGCGAACAAGCUACCUUCGUCUCCCAAAACGAGGACGGCGCCAUCGACGUCCUGACCAAGAACCUCGCGAACGGAGACCGCCUACUUACCAUUUUAAACCACGAUAACAAGACGCACACCGCCAUCGUGUCUCUUGAGCGACUGGGCAUCGAUUCUGAGAAGUCAUAUCAGGCGAAGAAUCUCUGGACAGCCAAGACGAGCACCGUACGCAACGAGGUGCGCGUCAAACUGGCGAAGCAUCAAACGGCUAUCUACCGCGUUUCUGGCGAUUCUAACAAGGCGCUCAAGGUUACGCCUACAGGCCAGAUCUUCAACACAUUUUCGCUGAACUGUCUUACCACGUCCGCAUCUUCUCAACACGGCUCGUCGGACGUGAAUUUCGCCGCCUGUGAGGGGAGUGAUGAGCAAGUCUGGCAGAUCUCUUCUCAAGGCCUCGUAUACUCAUUGGCUGACAGCAAGAGCUGUCUGACCGCAGACGCUAAUGAUGUAAGUCAAGAGCGAUGCAACAGCAAGCAGAAAGGCCAACAGUGGAGCUACGGCAUCAGCGGGAACCUCGUUACUAAGGCGAAGGGCCUCUGCUUGACGGAGGGAAACCGCGGGAGCGUCAGCAUCAAGAAGUGCGGGAGGGCGCUAGACAGCCAGGUCUUUGCUUUACCCGGAGGUGUGAAGCUGGACAACUAG